AUGGAUCGUAGUUGGAUGCAAAAAAACCGCUCAAGUGAAGAGUAUAGAAAAGGAGUGUUAGAGUUUUUGACAUUUGCCGAAACUAAUCUUCCCAAAAGUAAUGGACGAUUUCAUUGUCCUUGUGCUAAGUGUGUGAAUAUUGCACCUUUAAAUGCUAACAUCGUAUGGGAUCAUCUUAUAGUCAAUGGGAUUUGUCAAAAUUAUACGAAGUGGAUAUGGCACGGUGAAUUGUCUGAUGCGCCAAUGGCCUCCCUGAGAGAAGAGUUUGAUAUAGAGGCGAGUGAUUAUCUAGAAGAAAUGAUUCGUGAUAUUGGACAAGAUUCUUUUCAACGAGCACACGUACACGAUACUCUUUGCAAUGACAACAAAGUUCCUUUGUAUCCAGAUUGUAAAAACUUCACACGAUUGUCGGCCGUGCUGAGAUUAUUCAAUUUGAAGGCAAUUAAUAGUUGGACCGAUAAAAGCUUCACACAAUUGCUUGAGUUGUUGAAGGAAAUGCUUCCAGAUGAAAACACGUUGCCGGACCGGGUGUAUGAUGCAAAAAAGAUAUUAUGUCCUAUGGGUAUGGAGUAUAAGAAAAUACAUGCAUGCCCCAAUGAUUGCAUAUUGUACUGGAAAGAUAAUGAAGAGAAAGAAAAGUGUCCCAAGUGUAUGACAUCACGAUAUAAAAAGAAAGGUGAUGAUGAAAGUUGUGAUGUAACCACAAAGGGUCCUCCAGCAAAGGUGUUAUGGUACCUUCCAAUUAUUCCGAGGUUUAAGCGAUUGUUUGCGAAUUUAAAUGAUGCGAAGAAUAUUAGAUGGCAUGCAGAAGAGAGGAAUUGUGAUGGAAAAAUUCGGCAUCCGGCCGAUUCUUUGCAAUGGAAGAAGGUUGAUACCUUAUUUCCUGACUUCGGCAAUGAACCAAGAAACCUUAGGCUUGGACUUUCUACAGAUGGAAUGAAUCCAUAUGGCAGUUUAAGUAGUAAUCAUACUUCAUGGCCUGUUCUAUUGAUUAUUUACAAUUUAUCUCCUUGGUUGUGCAUGAAGAGGAAACACAUUAUGUUAUCUAUGAUGAUUUCGGGACCGAAACAACCUGGAAAUGACAUAGAUGUCUAUCUAAGUCCCUUAAUUGAUGACUUAAGAAAGUUGUGGGAUGAAGGAAUUGAUGUGUUUGAUAGUUUUUCAAAUGAAACUUUCAAAUUGCGUGCCAUGUUAUUUUGCACCAUCAAUGACUUUCCAGCUUAUGGUAACUUGUCUGGUUACAAAGUUAAGGGGCAUAAAGCAUGCCCUAUAUGUGAAAAAGAUACUUGCUACCAUCAGUUGGAGAAGGGAAAGAAGACUGUUUAUCUUGGACAUCGAAGAUUUCUUAAACGUAACCACCCAUAUCGAAGAUUAAAAAAGGCUUUUAAUGGAUAUCAAGAGUAUAAGGUUGCCCCGAAGGCCUUAACUGGAGAAGAAGUCUAUCACCGGGUGAGGAACAUAAGUGUUAGUUUUGGAAAAAAACAAAAAAAAGUUACAAAUAGUAAUAUAUGGAAGAAGAGGUCCGUAUUCUUUGACCUUCCAUAUUGGUCUAGUCUUGAUGUAAGACAUUGUAUUGAUGUAAUGCACGUGGAGAAAAAUGUGUGUGAUAGUGUAAUUGGAACACUUCUCAACAUUCAAGGUAAGACAAAGGAUGGUUUAAACUCUCGUUUAGAUAUGGUUAAUAUGAAAAUAAGAGAAGAGUUAGCUCCAGAACCAAGAGGUACCAAAAUGUAUUUACCACCGGCAUGCCAUACAUUGUCAAAAGAAGAGAAAAUAAGAUUUUGUGAGUGUCUACAAGGUGUGAAAGUGCCCAAUGGCUACUCCUCAAAUGUCAAAAGUCUGGUGUCAAUACAAGAUCUCAAACUAAUUGGCUUGAAAUCUCAUGAUUGUCACAUUUUGAUGCAACAACUACUACCUGUGGCUAUUCGUGGCAUCUUACCCAAAAAUGUCCGACAUGCCAUAACUAGAUUAUGCUUUUUCUUUAAUGAUAUAUGCAACAAAGUGAUUGACCCUGAUAAAUUGGAUGAGAUGGAAAAUGAGUCUAUUGUUAUUUUGUGUCAGUUGGAGAUGUUUUUUCCUCCUUCAUUUUUUGACAUCAUGGUUCACUUAAUAGUCCAUCUAGUUAGAGAGAUUAAAGUGUGUGGCCCUGUUUAUUUAAGAUGGAUGUAUCCUUUUGAACGGUACAUGAAGAUAUUGAAAAGCUAUGUGAAGAAUCAUUAUCGUCCGGAGGCAUCUAUUGUUGAAAGGUACAUCACAGAAGAAGCCAUUGAGUUUUGUACAGAGUAUUUGUCACAUGCAAAACCUGUAGGAUUACCUAAGUCUCGUCACGACGGAAGAUGUGAUGGUAAGGGUACACAUCUAAAGGUUAAGCAUAUGGGUGAAGGGGAAGUUUUUAAAGCACAUUUGUAUAUAUUAAAUAACACUGAUGAGGUUCAACCAUACUUGAGUACACAUAAAACCAUUGUCAAAGCCAAAAACCCUCGAAUGUCAGAAAAAUGGGUGUUGAAAGAGCAUAACAAUACAUUCUCAAAAUGGUUUAAAACCAAGAUUAUGAAUGACAAUAAUGCUUCGGAUACAUUAAAGUUUUUAGCUUAUGAGCCUAGCUUUAAUGUCUUAUGUUGGGGUGGAUACGAUAUAAAUAAAUUUUCUUUUUCUACAAAAUCGCAGGAUGAUAAGAGUACCAUGCAAAAUAGUGGGGUAAUGAUAAUGGCUUCCUCAAUGCACUUCUCUAGUUCAAAGGAUAAAAAUCCCAUCUUGGCAUCCAUAGCCUAUUUUGGUGUUAUAGAAGAGAUAUGGGAGCUAAAUUAUGUGAAGUUUAAAGUUCCUAUUUUCAAAUGUAAGUGGGUUAAUAGUAACAAUGGCGUACAAACAGAUGAAUUAGGAUUUACAUUGGUGGACUUGGAUAAGGUAGGAUAUAAGGAAGAACCUUUCAUCAUGGCAGCUCAAGCAAUCCAAGUGUUUUAUGUAAAGGAUCCCUCAAACAAUAGAUGGUCUGUUGUCCUCCAAAGAAACACAAAUGAUGAUUCAACUCUAGACGUUGAUCACAAUACUUCUUUUUCAACACGAAGGCCUUCUUUUAAUGAUGAAAAUGAAGUUGAUGAUGUUUAUGCCACUCGUAAUGAUCAUCAAGAAGGGAUUUUAGAAUAA